CUGGCUGUCUUAGUGUAAACUGUCAAACAAAAAAAAAACAAUGUUAAUUUCACCGAAUUUUUGUUCAAAUUCUUGCGUAAUAACAUAAAUUACAAAUUACCUAUGAAUAAUUUCAGUUGAUAUCUACCAAAGAGUCUCCAAAAGUAUGUCGUGUCAGGAACAUGCAUUGAGAGUUCGGAAGCUGUACAAGUUGAUAUUCCGUCUCCACCGUGGCAUGCCUGCAGAGCUACGUGUUCUAGGGGACAACUACGCACGUGAUGAAUUCAAGAGACACAAAACCUGUGGAGAGGCUGAGGCACGGAUAUUUUUGAAUGAAUGGACUGACUACGCGAUAAACUUAGCGAAACAGAUGAAACCGAUGAAUCAAGCCAAGCGGAAAGUCUUAGGUAAGUACUUAGACCCAAAGCUACUAGACCACAUGUCAGACGAGCAAAUAGUCCAGUUGUACGAACUCCACAAAGCCGCUUCAUCGGAGACUGAUGAACACAACACAGGCAGUAGUAAUAAAUCAUAGUUAAAUUUAGUUUAUAAAUCUUCUGUACGCUUGAGUUUUCAUACAUUCGUUAAACCACGCCUCUUUCCCGAAGGGGUAGGCAGAGGCUACAUCUUUCCAUUUACCACUAUCCCUGCAUACUUUUUUCAUAUCGUCCACAUUUAUGAGUCCCUUUAUGCAAAUUUCUUCAUGCAAGAAUUUUGAACCACUCCAAAAUUUUCCCAUGGAUGUCAUAAAAGGCAACUAAGGGAUAGUUUUAUAAUGACAGGCUAGCAAUCUGUCACUAUUUGAACCUCAAUCCCAUCAUAAGACAUGCACCUGAAUAUGGACUAUCAGUCUCUUCAAGACUGUUGGCUCCAUCUACACAAGGGAAAUAGACGUGACUAUACAUAUGUACAACACAAAAUUAUUUUUGGUAAAGUUGAUUUUACUACUUAAUUUUGGUAAAGUUGAUUUUACUACUUAAUUUUGGUAAAGUUGAUUUUACUACUUAAUUUUGGUAAAGUUGAUUUUACUACUUACAUAGUAGUAAAAUCAACUUUACCAAAAAUAAUUUUGUGUUUCUUACUAGGUGUCAACUUUGAGACUAGAUGUAAAAUAUAAUAUUUAUUAUGUGGUAUGAAAAUUUUAACGUACAGGGGCGUUUCAAGUAAGUAGGUAGAUUAAUUGUAAUUUUAAUAAUUUGUUUGUAGAUAGGCUUGUUUAUUAUUAAGUAUCAUUUUUGGUAAUUAGAGUAAUGAUUAAUUUAUUGCUAUUUAUUUAUGCAUUGAUCAUUGAAAGUUUCUUAUACUGACCAUUUUUUGAUGGCUUAAUUAUUAACAGGACAACGUAACAGAUAUAAAUCAUAUAUAAUUUAUAGAAAAACACAUUUUUACACAAGACUUAUACAACUUUUUUAUUUAUGAGCAUUUAAUUUAAUAUUUGCUGUGACCCUUGUAAAUUUAAUAAGUUAUUUGUAAAAAAAAGCAUAAUAAUUAAGUGCAAUUAAUAUCAUGUAAAUUCAUGCAAUUUUUUAUGUAGUAAAAUGUUUGUAAUUAAUUACAGUUUUCGGCCAUCUUGUUUACAUGCGAAGAAUAUGAAAUAGCUAAUAUAUAAGAUAGUGUCGUCCUCGUCGCACUUAAUUCUAUUUCCAUAAACAAAUAUAAGUGAAUGUUUUUUUUAUCUGCGUUAUAUGUUAUUACAAUAAAAUUAGUAUGAUCGAAAUUGUAUAGUGUGAAUGUCAAGAAAAAUGCUUAAAAAUAUUAAUGUUACCCUUCUUUGUCCUAAGCAGUGCACCCAUGGUAAUUUCUUGAAAGUCCCAUUAUACUCCUGAAUGUCUAGUACUCAGAUAUGCCAAAUUUAUACAAUAGAAAAACAGUAUAUUAUAAGUUUUUUCAUUACAAAAAAGCAAAUCUCUUAUUUAUAUUAUGGAUAAAUGUGUUUACUAUGAGUUAACUGCAAUAAUGUAUUUUUUUGAUUUAUAUGUACCUAAUUAAUGUGAUCUCUUAUUUCUUGAGUAAUUUUUCAACCCAAAAUAAAUAACAU